UCUUUUUACAAAACUACAUGUAACAAAAGGUCACACUCACUUAAUACCUGGAUUACCUGCCUCGUAGAAUAGCAACAAAGACACGAAGUAUGCCUCUGAAUCUUGGAGACGCUUUCCCAAACUUUAAAGCCGACACUACCGAAGGCCAGAUCCAAUACUACGACUGGCUAGGAGACAAGUGGGGUGUCCUGUUCUCUCAUCCAGCUGAUUUCACCCCUGUUUGUACGACUGAGCUAGGAGCAGUAGCUAAGAUUGUCCCCGAGUUUGAGAAGAGGAAUGCAAAGGUCAUUGCAAUCUCCUGCGACUCGGUCGAGGACCACAAGAAAUGGAUAAAAGACAUCCAGGCGUACAAUGGUUUGGGCGACAACUUUCCAUAUUCUAUUAUCUCUGAUCCAAAACGUGAGCUAGCUAUACAGUUAGGAAUGGUCGACCCGGAGGAAAAGGAUAAAGCUGGUCUACCAAUGACUUGUAGGGCUGUGUUUAUUAUUGGUCCUGACAAGAAGCUAAAGUUGCAAAUUUUAUAUCCUGCUACAACAGGGCGGAAUUUUGAUGAAAUCAUUCGUGUCCUUGACUCCCUUCAACUUACUGCCAACAAAAAAGUUGCAACUCCAGCCAACUGGACAAGUGGAGGUGACUGUAUGAUAGUACCAAGUGUCUCCAAUGAUGAUGCUGCCAAGCUCUUUCCCAAAGGAUUCAAGGUAGCUGAUGUCCCUUCUGGGAAGCCCUACAUUCGUAUCACACCCCAGCCACAAUAAGUGCUGAUUGGACAUGCUAAUCAAUAAUAACUAAAUUUUAGUAGGAUCUAACUAGCAAUUAUUUAAUUUGCUACAUUUUAAUCAAAUGCGUAUACUAUUGUUUCAAAUAACGAGUUCUAGUUUGUUUAUAAA